GAGCAAGCAACCGCCAUCUCCACGCCGUGAAAGUAGAUAAAAUAAUGCCCAGGAUGUUCUUCUCUGCCAAUCCAAAGGAACUGAAAGGAACUGAUCAUUCUCUUCUAGAAGACAAAACACAAAAAAGGAGGCCAAAGACCUUUGGAAUGGAUAUGAGAGCAUAUCUAAGGUCUCUGAUCCCACAUAUGGAAUCUGGACUGAAGCCUUCCAAGUCCAAGGACAUACUUUCUGCUGAUGAAGUAGUACAAUGGUCGCAAUCUCUGGACAAGCUGCUUGCUAAUCAAACUGGUCAAGAUGUCUUUGGAAGUUUUCUUAAGUCUGAAUUCAGUGAAGAGAAUAUUGAAUUCUGGUUGGCUUGUGAAGACUAUAAAAAAACAGAAUCUGACCAUUUGCAUUGCAAAGCAGAAAAAAUAUAUAAAGCAUUUGUGCAUUCAGAUGCUACCAAACAAAUCAAUAUUGACUUCCGUACUCGAGAAUCAACAGCCAAGAAGAUUAAAGCACCAACCAUCACCUGUUUUGAUGAAGCCCAAAAAAUCAUAUAUACUCUUAUGGAAAAGGACUCUUAUCCCAGGUUCCUCAAAUCAGAUAUUUACCUAAAUCUUCUGAAUGAAUUUCAGGCAAAUAGCCUAAAGUGACUUGUUUCUGGAUGGGGGGAAUCAAAGGUAAUAUCAAGUGCAUUAGGAAUGUGCCACUAUGACUCCCUGGGCAAACCAUAAGGCCUUUUUGGGUGACUGAGCAGCCCAGUCUAAGAGCAAAUGUUCAGAAUGGAUUACCACGGACACCAUCCAGCUACAGGAUUGAAGAACCAUAAAUGCUAAAAUCGAGAAACAGUGGAAGAAGAAACAGCAGAGAUAUAAAUGUAUUGUCCUAGGAUGGAGGGGGCCUACCAACCAGAAAAUCCCUCAGAACUAGAAGGUCAAGGAACACCAUUUGCACAGAAACUGUGCAUACAAAUUUUGAAACAAAUGAACAUACUAUAAGCUUGGGUGUUGGACGACAUCCACACUGCACAUAUUUCUAUAGACAGAUUGUAUUACGCUGCUGAAGUCUCUAAUUUAUUGAAUGGCUAUUUUAAAAGUAGGUUUUGAGAUGACUACUUCUAUUAUUGACCCAAAGUGUUUUUAUUUAGUAUGGUUUAUUGACUUGAAAGUGAUGAAGAAGAGAAUAAUGAGUUUAAGCUGGAAAAUGAGAAUAUAUCUGUAAAUUAAUUUAUUAGUGUAAUAAUAAAUGUGAAUUUUGUAUAGAAAUUUUGUAUAGAAUUUUGUAUUAAAAUGCAUAGAAGCAA